AUGCUGGAAUGUGUACAUGAAAACGGAAGCAUACAUUCGUCAAAUAGUAACGUCAAAUGUGGGAAUAACCACAAGGAUGCUCACAAUGAUAUUCAAUCCGAUCAAUCUAGUAAUCGCAACAAUCCCACAAGUCCAACAAAUACGCAACUCCCAGCCGAUGAGCCAGAUCCAUUGGAACUCAAAAAGCUAUCGUUGAGUUAUGACUAUCUAACGUAUAAAAUAAAAGACCAUAUUAAAACGCUCACUGAUCAAACUUAUGCUGCGGUGUUAGAGAAGCAAGAACUAAUAAACAAGGACUAUAUUGAAGGUCAGUUGGAUUUGUCACAGAAAUAUGAGCAAAUAUCUCAAUUGAUUCAAACGUGCAAUGAUUUAGAACUAGACUUCAUGAAGAUUGAUCAAUUGGAAAUCUUUGUUGAGGACUUUGCAAAACGACUAGAUGUGUUAGAAGCUCAAUUCUCUGACCUUUCAACACAUCAAGCGCGAUAA